AUGAAUCAAAUCCAAAAUUAUUAUGGCAAUUUGCUAAGUAGCUCCAUGUGCUACUGCCCUCGACCAUAUACUGCAACAAUCAAUUCACAAGGGACAGAUAUUGAAAUUGACACCAAAGCAGAAAUGUCUAAUAUUAAGACAGCCUCGCGGUGUGAUAGUUACAUGUAUUUUUGGUAUCCCUUGUACUGUUCUGAAAUCAUUAAUGCUGUUCUUUUGAUAUUGGAAAUGGCGUUGGCUCUCGUCAUAACCAUGCUGAUUUGGCUACCUCUGUUGAUACAAUUCAUCAAAAAUGUCAUUUUGAAGAGAAGGAAUAUAACGAGUUUGAAAAUUCAAAACAUGUGGCCUUGUAAUGUUUGGACAAUGGCUAAAUCAAAGACGCACUCGAUCAGAGCUUCAAAAAAUGUCUAUUACCAAAUACACCUUACCAACACCAAAUGGGCGCAGAUAGUGUGUGAUUACAAGCUCAAUGCAGCCUCUACACUCCUAUUCUCAUUUCUAUGCUUGCUGACAUCAUAUACUUGCGAUUUCUUGAGAAGAAAUAGUUCUGAAAUAUCAGACGUUGUCCCUGAUAUAUUUUUUCUCAUUGCCCUGGGAAAUUUGUUCAUUUGUGCAAUACCGAUAAUUUCAACUUGGAUCAAUGCAAUGAAAAAGAAUGAGAAUCAUGGCAUGUCCAUGAAAAUUAGUAUUCCACUUCUAGCUCUUCAAUUAUUUGGCACAAUCCUCACAAUAUUUGCUCCAUUAUUAGGGUACUUGUAUAUUUUUCAAGUGAAGAAUGAUUACACAGCUCUCUCCCUCCUGUAUGGCAUGCUGUUCGGAAUUAUUUUCAUGUAUCUGGUCAUUUUGAUAUUAUUAUUAUUGUAUAGCGUGAAAAUGUUCUUGAGAUUGCGAGAGUUAAUUAGCAUUUCAUUCUUUCAAUUUAGAUUCACUCGAUUUUUACUUGUUGCUAGUAUAUUAUGGAUUGGUUUUUUAGCAUACUUUUCAUUCACAUUUGCCGAGUCUUUGCUUUCAUUGGCAGAGUGUGUUGUUGCGGAAGAGUUUCCAACAUGA